CAGCAAAUCAAAGCAAUUAAUUAGUUUCACUCAAUCAUUCAAUUACCGAACACACUCUUUUGAACAGUAUACGAUGUCCGACAUACACCACCAUGUGAUUGGACAACUCCAAAACGAGACACAAUACAACUACUAUCAGCUUUUAAAACAAGUGGGAAACUCCAAAAUAGAACAAUCUUUACCAUCAGUUGAUAUUCGACUACUUAAUACCAUUGAAUUAUUUGCAUUUGGCAAUUAUUCACAUUAUCUAAAAUAUAAACUGAAGUUCUUGGAGCUUGAAAAGGAACUACUUCUAAAACUUAUAAAGUUGACAAUUCUUUCAAUGACUGCAGAUCAUGAAGGUAAAACAAUUCUGCUUGAUGAAAUGGAAUCUAAGUAUCAAUUACAAACAGCCAUUGAACAUUAUGGAUCUCUUACAAGUGCAAUGGAGUGCCAUUUACUUGAAAGUAUCUUUUUCAGCAUGGUGGACGAUUGUUUAAUUGAUGUUAAGCUCGAUGACUGGGGCAGUAGAGUAAAUGUAAUGAAGACAAUUCAUCUUCGUGAUUGUUAUAAUUCUGAAGAUAUACAACUAGUGGUAUUGACCGAAGAAGAUAUCCCUAGGAAUGCAGGAACAUCCUAUGCAAAAUUGGAGAAAUGGUUAGAAAUGAACAUAAUGCCAAUACAAAAAGAAUUUGAAAAGAAUAGACAUGAUAACGAAAACCCUACAGGAUAGGUGUAUAUAGAAAUAAAAGCUAAUGACAAGUCCAA